GGUCUCCGUCCUCAGGGUUUGCGGAAGUGUGACUCGGACUCACUGACGAACUGAGCGGAAAUAAAGCACAACUCGAACCGUCAUGUUGAGAUUAAAGACGCUCUCUGGUCACCUGUCCCCCCCCCCUGACCACCGGGGGGCGCUGUGCGGGUCAAACUGCGGCUCCGGGACCGGGGCGUCGAGCAGCAGGGACCCGGAGGACGUGGUGGUGGUUCACGGGCUGAGGAGCGCCAUCUGCAGGGCGAAGAGGGGAUCGUUCAAGGACACCACUCCUGACGAGCUACUGAGCGCGGUCAUGAAAGCUGUUUUGACAGAUGUUGGCCUCUCACCCGAUCAGCUGGGGGACAUCUGUGUAGGUAAUGUGCUGCAGCCGGGAGCCGGAGCUCUGAUGGUCAGAGUUGCUCAUUUUCUCAGUGGGUUUCCAGAGACAGUUCCCGUCUACACCGUGAACAGACAGUGCUCCUCUGGACUUCAGGCUCUUUUGAAUGUAGCAGGAGCCAUCAGAAGUGGAUCCAUCGACCUGGGCCUGGCCUGCGGGGUGGAGAGCAUGUCUCUGCGUACGAUGGGGAACCCUGGAGACCUGAGCUCCAGGCUGAUGGACAACCAGAAGGCCAGAGACUGCAUCAUGCCCAUGGGCCUCACGUCGGAGAACGUUGCAGAGCGGUUUGGAAUCUCUCGAGAACAACAGGACGCCUUCGCUCUUCGCUCUCAGCAGAAAGCGUCCCGGGCUCAGGACCUGAACCUGUUCCAGCAGGAGAUCGUCCCCGUCUCCACCAGGUGGGUGGACGGCGCCGGGGGGGAGCGCCAGGUGACGGUUCUGAGAGACGACGGCGUGCGACCCGGGACGACCCUGGACGGUCUGAGCAAACUGCGUCCGGCGUUCAAACCCGACGGCAGCACCACGGCAGGGAACUCCAGCCAGAUGAGUGACGGAGCAGCGGCCGUGCUGAUUGGACGCAGGUCGGCCGUGGAGGGGCGGGGUCUGCCGGUGCUCGGCGUCCUGAGGGCGAGCGCCGUGGUCGGGGUUCCUCCUGAUGUCAUGGGCAUCGGACCCGCGGCCGCCAUCCCUGCUGCUCUGCUGCAAGCUGGACUGACUCUGGACGAUAUCGACGUGUUUGAGAUCAACGAGGCGUUUUCCAGUCAGGCCGUUUACUGCGUGGAGAAGUUGGGGAUCCCGCUGGAGAAGGUGAAUCCUAACGGCGGCGCCAUCGCCCUGGGUCACCCGCUGGGCUGCACCGGCGCCCGGCAGGUGGUGACGCUGCUCAACGAGCUGCGACGCAGAGGGAAGAGGGCGUACGGCGUGGUGUCCAUGUGCAUCGGGACCGGGAUGGGAGCGGCGGCCGUGUUCGAGUUCCCCGGCCAAUAGGAGCGCGUCUGCAGGGCGGUGCUUCUCAUCCGUGUGAUUCACAACCAAUCAGGUGUGAGCAGCGACCCGGGCUGCGGAUCCUCGACCCGUCGACAGGAAACAAGUCGACAACAAACUGCUGCAACUUCCUUCUGCUGCUUUGGUGUCGGAAACAACAUUUUUCACUAUUUUCUGAAAUUUCUCUGUUGAAAUGUGAUUUUUUUCCAGUGUUUCUUUUUAAAUUCUUUGAAGUUAAAAAACACUGAAGCUCAGUUCACACCAGACGAGCUGACCAAUCAGAGGCUGUGUCAGGAGGAGGAGCUUAAAGAGACGGCGGCUGAAGAGAGGAGCAGUCGGAGGAAAGUGAUGCUGAACAUUAGAGAAUGAAAACAUUUUAGUCAUAACAUGAAUUAAAAUGAUCAACUUGAACAGAAUGUUUCUCCUUUAAAUUGUACAACUUUAUUAACAGAUACAAUUAAUGUUUUCUAACAGACUGUAAUAAAGAGUUUAUUCUGGAUCUUC